CGAAAUCCCGCGAAUUCCGAGGAGUAUUGGGGCGAAGCAACGAUCUAUAAACAGCAAGAAAAAGAUCUGUCCACUGGAUUUGGAAGAAAUGGCGACCGACCGGCCUUCAACUCCUCCGCAGUCCGAGGCUGGGAAGCCCGGCGAACUUCCUCGAGGCCCUCUUACACCGGAACAGUUGCGGAGAAUUGAAGUCAACCGCAUGAAGGCUAAAGCCAUCCGAGAACAACGUGAGGCAGAGGAGGCAAAGAAGUCGACAGCCUCGAAUGUUCCCAACACCACGCAAAAUGCAAAAGGCGUCAAGCGGUCAUACGGCUCGAUGACAGCCUCCGACACACCUUCUACGGUUCGAGAUGGUCGCGCCAACACUUCGAAUCGACCCCUGGAUGCAAUCAAACCCGCCCGUAAUUUCACCAAAUAUGUCGAAUACGAUUUCAGUAAGAUGACGGAUACGAAGGGAGGGUUUUUGACUGAAGAGGACGAUCCAUUCAACAAGGCACUUCACGUGCGAGAUGGGAAAGCGGAGCAGAAACCGGCGAAUAUGACACAAAAGGAAUGGGAGCGGCAACAAUUACUUCAGGCCCUUCGUCGAGAUCGUGCAGGGCCCUUUGAGCCGGGGCUUAGCGUGCUUGAUGACGCUAGCAAGCAGAAAAAGUGUCGUGAAUGCGGGCGCCUGGAGAUUGAUUGGAAGUGGGAGGAGAUGCUACAUUGUUGCGUCUGCAACACCUGCAAAGAAAAAUAUCCGGAGAAGUACAGCUUGCUUACCAAGACUGAAGCAAAGGAGGACUACCUCUUGACAGACCCCGAACUUCGAGAUGAAGAGCUACUACCGCACCUUGAACGCCCAAACCCACACAAGUCGACAUGGAAUAACAUGAUGCUUUAUCUGCGUUACCAGGUCGAAGAGUAUGCGUUUUCACCGAAGAAAUGGGGUUCUGCGGAGGCUUUAGACGCCGAGUUUGAACGACGCGAGAAUGAUAAAAAGCGACGGCGCGAAGCCAAGUUCAAGACAAAACUUCAGGAUCUUAAAAAACGCACCAGGGUUGAUGCAUAUCGGCGGAACCGCCAAGGCGCUGCAGGAGGCCAAUUUGGCGAUGAUUUGGGAGGCGGAAGACAUGUUCAUCAAUGGGGCAGGUCCAUCGAAAAUCCAGAAACUGGAAUUGGAGUCAAGAAGUGCGUGGACUGUGGAAUGGAAGUGGAAGAACUAGAAUUUUGACAGAUCCUGCUUGUCCUGUCCUGUACAAUACCCUGUAGUGUUACUUUUGACGAGCCCAUGACUGAAUACGAUCAACAUGAAUAUAGACAGCAGAUAUCAUCAGCUGA